UUGGGAAUGGAUAAUCCCACGAUCGCCCCGGUGCCGGCGACGCCGGCGCGUACAAGGAAGGACGGCCAGGCGCUCGUGCACGGCGAGCUGGUGCUGUGGGAGGACAAGACCUGGGUCGAUGUGUGCCCAGUCCCGUGCUGCUGCCUGGCGGCUCUCUGCUGCAGCGCCACCUCGUGGACCGUCACCACGCUGCGCAUCGACAAGCAGUCUGGCUGCUGCGGGACGACGGAAAGGACGCUCGACCUCCGCCGCGUGACGGAUCUCUCGUACCAGGCGAGCGCGUGCUGCUGCUGCUGCCGCGGGACGGUGGUGGUCCACGCCGCGGACAAGGACACGGGCGAGAUGAACAUCACGACGUGGAACACGAAGCCCAUGUACCACAACCUGAAGACAGCGUGGUCGCGCGUCAAGGCCGGCACCGCCGUCUCAAUGGCGGAUGCCGACGGCGACGGCAUCGCCGACGGCGACGCGUCGUAGGUGGACUUGACACGGCGUGUGGUGAGCACUUGCGGUGCGCCACGCCGUUUUUCCGGCGUCCCGACCCGACACCACGCGCUAAUUACGGGUGUUGAUCACAGUGUACGUCGGCCGCGCACCCGUGUGCGUCCACUACAUAACCGCGCGCCGCACACACGUCCAGCUAGUUCAUGUGUGUUUUGUGUGUGUAGCUCCCCUCUCGACACACGACUCGCGAA